AUGUACCAGGUUGCCGAGCGUCUUCUGCCUCUACUCAAGGCGGAGGUGGAGGAGAUGCUGGCGUUGGCCGUGAUUGAGAGGUUGACUAGUGAGUGGAGUAAUCCAGUGGUGCUAGUGCCAAAAAAGGAUGUCACUAUGCGCUUUUGCAUUGACUUUCGGCGCGUAAACGCGCAGUCUCAGUUUGACGCUUACCCCAUGCCCCAGCUUGAGGAUUUGAUUGAGCGCCUGGGGGAAGCGUCACAUAUUGGACUCGGGGCGCCUGCCAUGUUCCAGAGAAUUAUGGACAGUGUCUUGGCUGGCACGGACUCUUUUCCUGCGGCCUACCUGGAUGACAUUCUGGUGUACAGCACCACUUGGGAGGAGCAUCUGCAUCAUCUAGUUAAGGUUUUGCAGCGGAUUGAGCGUGCUGGUCUGACUGUCCACCCACAUAAAUGUGCACAUGUCCAGGAGGAGGUAAGCUACCUGGGACAUGUUUUUGGCCAGGGAGUAAUCCGGCCACAGAAGGACAAGGUCCAGGCGGUGCAGGACUGUCCAUGGGCCUGGACAAAAAAUUACGUUCGGCCCUUCCUAAGUUUGGUGGGCUGGUACCGCCAGGAAUUAGGAGUUUACAAGCCUCUGUACUUUUUGUUGGCAUUUGUCCUUUAUAUCCUCAUCAUUACAGUCAACUUAACUUUGAUCUUAAUAGUGACAAUAGAAAAAAGCCUCCAUGAGCCUAUGUACAUUUUCCUAUCUAAUCUAUGUGUGAAUGGACUUUAUGGGACUGUUGGGUUUUACCCUAAAUUUUUGCUGGAUUUGCAAUUGGAUGUUCACACAAUAACCUACAGUUGGUGUAUUAUACAAGCGUAUGUGAUUUAUACAUCUGCAAUGUGUGAAAUCACAAUUUUAACAGUGAUGUCUUAUGACCGCUAUGUGGCCAUUUGCAGGCCCUUGCAAUACCAUAGCAUUUUGACUCCACGUGGUAUUUUAAAGUUGCUUGUACUGGCCUGGGCUUAUCCUCUUUUGACAUCUUUAAUAUCUGUUUUCCUUACUGUUAGAAUACCCAUUUGUGGAUCUCAGAUCCGUAAACUAUUCUGUGACAAUCCUUCAAUAUUAAAGCUGGGAUGUUCUAAAGCCGUAGCCAACCAGAUGUUUAGUAUGGUACUAAUUACAGUUCAGAUUCUACAAAUUGUUUUCAUUUUCAUUUCUUAUGCUCAUAUUGUCAAGGUUUGUAUAUCAUCCAGUGAGGGAAGAACAAAGUUUACUAAAACUUGCGUGCCCCAUAUUUCGGUUUUGGUCAUCUUCUUUAUGACAGCACUGUCCGAUCUUAUUUACGGCUGGGAUGGUUCAGAAAGUCUUCCAGUUAGUCUACGUAAUGCAUUGGCUCUACAAUUUUUGAUUCUUCCUCCACUACUGAAUCCAAUAAUUUAUGGGCUUCAACUUCCACAGAUCCGAAAAAAAGACUUACUAUUGGAUAAGGUGAUGACAAGACAACCAGACCAAGAGGACAACCCGACUGAGCACUGCCCAGAUAAGUGGAAUCGGUCGGAAGGCAUGAACUGCCAAUCUGUCGGUCUUGGUACCCCUUUGGACAGCGAGUCUGCUGCGAUGUUGAGGUGA